UUCGUAUUCAUAUUCAGCUCCUCUAGGUCGAUGUGGCCUGACAACUUUUCAUUAACAAGAAAUUUGCGAGAUAUAUAUGGCAACAACUAGAAGCAGACGAUGUUUCACACCUUUUCGGAUGCUCUCAUUGGAAAACAUUAGGUUUGCGUAAUCAACUUUCGGAAGAAAAAAAAAAAACUUUCCACCAUGCACAAUUGUGGACAGGUAGAGAAGCUUGACAGCCCAGCCCUUUGGAAUUUCCUGUUUUUCUGUGAACCAUGAUCAAGGUUAUUAUGGUUGGCAGAACACAUUUACGAGCAGCGCGUGAUUGGAGCCUUUAGAAGAAUAACCAUGGCAACGAGAAUGGACCUCACGAAACAUCAGUCAUGAUUCUUUGGUCUCGGCCGGUAAGAAAUUUGAAGUCUUUCUGAUGGUAGAUGUAUGGAAAAUUUGCAGCCAUUCCUAUUUUAAGAUGGUGGAUGGGACUCACGACCAUGACAUAGCAGACAUUCAUGAAGCAGCAUGGAUACAGAUGUUCCUACCGUGGACACCGGCCAACAACAGCAACACCACAUUAAGCGGGAGUCAGGCGACUCCUCAGCGGACCAACUACUACAGCCCAUCACCAGGCGACAGCGACGCCUUCGGUGUUAGAGGGUGACAUGACGCCAGAGGAAGGUCAAGAGGCGGCGAUUAUCGCCGACCUUCAGCAACAAACGAGGGUUCCUGAACGUCCAUCAAGUUCCUCACGAACUCCUUGCCCGAAGUUCACCAAGAAAUGCGAUUCCUGCGGGCGGGAGUUUCACACUACAAACCAUUACCUGGAACACGUGUGUGAGGCGUCGCAGCACGUGGGACUGAGUUCGACGACCACCCCUCCUUCCACGGACGGUGGUGGUAGUAGUAGACCUUGUUCUGUUCCUACCUCGCACUACCCGUCCGCGGGAGUCGGGGCCUCCAGCAGCAUCUUCUGCAAUGAGCUGUCUAAUAGCUCCGCUAGCGACGUGGAGAAUUUCACCGGAAAAAUCGUCUAUAACCGGGAUGGGUCCGCCUUCAUCCUGGAGACGGCCGGAGACUCUGAGCUCAGUGAUGAUGAGGGAAGUGAUGAGUUGCUCACGCGAGCUGCUGAAGAAGCGGCUGCGAGGAUCCCAACAUCUUCGCAGCUUAUUCCUCACAUGGUGAAUGCUCUACACAUCGCUAGAAAUCCUGCAUUGUACAAUGCUCUGUACGGACAAGCGUACAGUUUCCUGCAAGAAAAAAAUAAAGUUCCUGAUGUCCCUGUUAUGCACAGUUUUAGGGUCACAGUGCGCAAUAUAGCCAGUGAAACUACAGUUACUACUAAUGCUAGCAAAUUGGACGAAGCUGGUUCUCAGAAGAGGCCAUCUAGUGUCAAUAAAGCUAACUUUCCUAUGGUAGACUAUUCUUCUGUACCCAUCAAACCUAUAUUGAUGUGUUUUAUGUGCAAACUUUCAUUUGGUUAUGCUAAAUCUUUCGUAGCCCACGCUAUGGGCGAGCAUAAUAUAAAUCUGAAUGAUGAGGAGAAAAAUAUUAUGUCUCAAAAGAACACUUCGGCAAUCAUACAGGGUGUCGGGAAAGAGAAAGAACCUCUCUUAUCAUUCCUAGAACCUAUUCCUAGUUCUAUAGCUCAGAACAGCGCCGGGAGUCAGAGUAGUAAUGUCUAUGCCCAGUCAUUGCAGAGCUCAUGUACCAGUUCCUUCGGAUCUUCGGAUCCUAUGACUAAUCUGCUGAAUGCCGUGUCCAGUGCAGUGGCUGGGGGCUAUGGCUCUUCGGCUAUCACAACUUUGGUCUCUGCCGUCUCAAGUCCUGUGGCGGCAUUAUCUGAGAUCAAACCAAGCGUCUCCAACAGUAGGGCCGAAAUGAGAACCACGCCCGCUCUUACCAGUUCCUUACUUACCGCCGACAGCAAUGAGGCCUUAGCACCAGAGUUGCAGGACCUGGUGACAAUAGAAAAACUCGCGAAAGCUGCCGCGGCCGCUGCAGAGGCCGACUCUGUAUCAUCUUUGUCACCAAGGGAGCGCAAAACCACAUGCUAUAAUGGCCAGAAUAAUAGUGAUAUGGCACAAGAUGAUCAAGAUCUUAGGUUAAACCCAUUCGAUUACAGCCCCCAUCCUACCAUAUCGUCGGCUGUGUCAGUGGGUUCUUUGGACCGACCUACGAGUGCCGGUAGUCAAGAGAGCAUGUCUCCUGGCAUGUCCAGGGUGUCUCCAAAGAAUAAUCCUGUUCCGAGUCCUUUACUAUCUACAGUUCCUUCUCCAUCGCCGACUACAAGUAGUCCUGUCUGUAUAUGUCCUCAACAUCCGGAUGGGCGGACGAAUGGAGUCGAAUGCCCGAAAUGCGAUUUGAUCCUAGGUUCAUCCCGAUCAUUGGGUGGUCAUAUGACUAUGAUGCAUUCUAGGAAUUCAUGCAAGACGCUCAAGUGCCCUAAGUGCAACUGGCACUAUAAAUAUCAAGAAACUCUUGAAAUCCACAUGAAAGAAAAACAUCCUGAAAACGACAUGAGUUGCAUCUACUGUCUCACAAAUCAAUCUCAUCCGAGGUUGGCUCGUGGGGAAACGUAUACAUGCGGUUACAAACCUUACCGUUGCGAGGUUUGCAACUACUCUACUACGACAAAAGGCAAUCUCAGUAUCCAUAUGCAGUCUGAUAAGCAUAUCAAUAAUGUACAAGAAUUGCAAAACGGAAAUCUUCAAGCUGAACAUGUUAUGCCUCCCCAACCUCUCUCGGCUCCACCUUCAAUGCCUACCCCACCAGCUGCUGAAGCCGCCGCUAAAAAGCCAAUUAACACCAAUAAGCCAAAAGCCACAUGGAGAUGCGACGUAUGUAAUUACGAGACAAAUGUGGCCCGCAAUCUCCGUAUUCACAUGACAAGCGAAAAACAUAAUCAUAAUAUGAUGGUCCUUCAGCAGAACGUGAAACACAUGCAGCAGAUUUCAGCUUUUCAACAGGCCCAAGCGCAAGCUCAGGCCCAAGCUCAAGUGAUAGAUCCUAUGUUUCAGUUCCAUCCUGCUCUACUGCCUUGCGAUUCCCAGUUGCAACCAGAAGCAGCAAUAGCUGACAUGGCUUACAAUCACGCAUUGCUCAUGAUGGCCACCCAACAGCAACAACAGAGAGCCAUGGCUGCAGCAGCUGCAGCUGCAGCCGCAGCUAGUGGGAAAGGUCCAAUAGGUGCGCCUUUAAAUCUUAGCGUGCCACCCACCUUGGACAUUGACCAUCCUGACCCAUCGCUGCGUCCUGAUGUUCCUUAUGAUGAAAACGGGAAGCUUUUCCAGUGUUGCGUUUGCCACGUUUAUUCUGCCGAUACCAUCGAAGCUCUAAACCAGCACGCUCAACUUGAUCGAACGCGUCAGAGAGAAGAAGAAGUUCUAAUGGUGGUUGCGGGUACAUAUAUUUGCAAGUUAUGUACAUAUAAGACGAAUUUAAAGGCUAAUUUCCAGUUACAUUGCAAAACAGAUAAACAUCUCCAACGUUUGCAGCAUGUUAACCAUGUAAAGGAAGGUGGUCCAAGCACAGAAUGGAAGCUAAAGUAUGCCAAUGUUAGCAAUCCUGUUCAAGUGCGAUGUAAUGCAUGUGACUACUAUACGAACAGUAUUCACAAACUUCAGUUACAUAAUGCAAAUCCUCGUCAUGAAGCAAAUGCAAGGAUAUUUGCUCAUCUCCAAAUGGGGGUUCAUUCCCUGAAAGCAGAAGCGCAUUAUUUCCACUGCAGGCUGUGUAAUUUCUCCACAAAAGCAAAGUUCAAUCUCAUUCAACACGUCCAUUCUAUACGGCAUCUUCGGCACGAAAACUUCCGACAGAUGCAGCUGAGGACAGAAGGCCGAGAAAUCGAUGAAGAUGUGAGAGAUUAUGUUCUUGUUAAAGAGCUGAAAGGAAAUGAAAAAAUUAUCUUUGAUGCGGAUGUGGAUACGCCCAUGUUAGAGUUCAGUGAAGAAGAAACUCCGAAAGUUGAAGAGAAAGCAAGUACGCCAAAGCUUGAAGAAAAGUCGUUAUCCGAUUCAAGAUUAAAGAAAGCAUUACUUGAGCAGUCAAAACCUAGUCCUACAAGUGAAAGCAGUCCGAACGCGGAGCAGAUGCAUCGAUGUCCUUUCUGCAAUUACACCAGUAAUACUGAAGUCCGAAUACAAAUGCAUGUAGUAUCGCAGCACUUGCCUCAAACGAACACCAUUCCUUGCCCUUUGUGCCAAGAAGGAUGUAAGGACAUCGGUGCUCUGGAGAACCACUUGAUGGAUGUGCACAACGUCACCAAAGAAGGUGUGCAGCGUCUUCUUUUAAUGGUAGACAUGUCUAAUAUUGAGUCUAAAUCAAGCAACCAACAAACGAAACCAAAAUCAGAAGAUCCUCCUACUCCUAAAGUUGAAAACCCUGAUCCAGAUGGAAAGGCUUCGCCUGAAAAUAAAGAACGUAGCGUAGAGGAAACGGGUGAGGAUUUGAGUUGUUCUUUCUGCAAUAAAACGUUUUUCAACAUGGAUGAUCUGUUUAAUCAUCAAAAUGAAUUUGGUCAUAUGGAACUGAAGCCUACACCAUCAGGUUUGGAAUAUCAGUGCUGGAAAAAAGGGUGCAUGCAAUUCUUCAAUACCAUCGUUGCUGUGCAGCAUCAUUUCAGAGAUACCCAUUUUAAAAGGCCUUUGCUCGCUGUUUCAGAUCGCCAUGUCUAUAAAUAUCGUUGCAAUCAAUGCAGUUUGGCUUUCAAGACGUUGGAGAAACUUCAACUGCAUUCUCAGUAUCAUAUGAUACGCGCAGCUACCAAAUGUGUGCUCUGUGGUCGCAGUUUUCGAUCUGUGAUAGCUCUUCAGAAACACGUUGAAACAGCUCAUACUGACAUGACCAAAGAACAACUAGAACAAUACAAAGCAAGCUUAGCGAAUAACCCUCUAUUGUCUAGUGGUGGUGGUGGAGUACUAGAUCCACAAACAACAGAAUUACUGAAGAAGGAAAGUAUUCGAGAAGAUAUGGAGGUUGUAGAGGAUUUAAUGGACGUAGGGGCUGAUAAGGAGAGUUCACCAAUUCGUGAUAUGGAGUGUGAUCAUUCUGAAGUUGGGGAGUCACUUCUGCCGGAAGGUACUGGAAGCAACCAAGAUGUGCUUGAAGAUUACAUAAAUAGCCAAAGUAUGGCUGAAGAUAGCUAUAAUGAUCCUAAUAGAAAGUAUAAAUGUCACCGUUGUAAAGUUGCAUUUACUAGGCAGAGUUACUUGACGAGCCAUAAUAAAACAUUAUUGCAUAGGAAAGGAGAAAAAAUGAGUUACCCUAUGGAAAAGUAUCUUGAUCCAAAUAGACCUUUUAAAUGCGAUAUUUGUAUGGAAUCAUUCACUCAAAAGAAUAUUCUUUUAGUUCAUUAUAAUUCCGUUUCACAUUUGCAUAAAGUUAAAUUAAGUAUGAAAGAAAAUAACAGUAAUAGCACUUCAUCUUCAACUGUUGUUACUAGUAGUCCUGCUGUUAGUGGCACCGCAGUUUUUACCGCCCCUGUCAGUAGUCCUAGCACUUGCACAACGCCUAAUAAUUCUUGUGUAUCUGACUCUGAAAAGAAACCAUUCAAAUGCAACAUUUGUAAAGUUGCUUACAGCCAGGGUUCAACACUUGACAUUCAUGUGCGGUCUGUUCUUCACCAGACUCGAGCUUCUAAGUUGCAUGAAUUAGCUAUGACGGGACAGAUCGAUCUAAGUGCUCCACUGAUUGAGAGAUCAGAACAAUCUUCGAGCGAACAACUUCAUUCACAAAUGCUCGUUCAUCCACCGGCUAUGACCAAUGAAAGUUCCUCUUUAAUGCUGCCUCAGACCUCGCAGGUGUCGGGCCCGGCCACAAGUGUUCCUUCUUCUGUCCAAGCUCCAAAGAUCCCAGAUCUGACACAAGUUCCUCAGAGCACCCCAGCUUCGUCUGCGGUUGCCACUAUCACCAGUGCCUCUCCUCAGCUCCACUUGUCGACUGAUGCAGCAGUAUCCAUGGCGCAAGCUUUGGGCCUUGCGCCACCUGUUCCUCAGCCCCCCGUCCUUCUACAGUCUCAGGUGUCGUCUCAAGCUCUCAUCAAUUGCUCCAGAUGUAAUGCGAUUUUCAUGUCUCACGAUUCACUCAUGCAACAUCAACAGCUAUGUUGCUUUUUCAAUCCGCCACCACCACAAACCAGUAUGGGAAGGAGCACUCCUGUGUCAGCAUCAGCAACUGUCCAACCACCUCCCCCACCUACCCCCAUGCCAACAGGUCAGCAAUCCUCCAACCGCCUUAUAUGCGGAGACAAGGAUGACCAACAAAAACCAUCUCUUCUGUACCAACCUAUAACAGAUUCAGCAAAUGCUACCCCUCCACAGUUAAGCCCUCAAGUUAGUCAGAUAUCAAAUCAGUUGCCUAUGAGACCUAAAUGUCCGUUUCCUCGACCAAGGCCUUUGGUGUAUAAGCAUUUGAUAGAAAGUUUCGGCUUUGAUGUUGUCAUGCAGUUCAACGAAAACAAUCAAAGGCGGAAAAAGGUUGAACGGAAAGAAACUGAAGAAAGCCAGUCAAGAGAAAAUCAAAGCAAAUGUGGAGAACCAAAUAAAGACGAUACGAAAAUCGAAGAAAUGAAGAAUGCGCCAUCUAGUGAUGAGACUAAAAUGGAAGAUGAGAGUAAAGAAGACAUUCCAGAUCUACCGGAAAUCAAUCGAUCUGUAUGCCACAUUUGCUCUAAAGAAUUUACAAGCAUUUGGGUCUUAAAAACUCACCGGGAAGAAAUUCAUAAAGAAAUAGUACCUUUUGAAUUCCUAGAGAAGUUUGCUGAUAGUUUUAGGAUUGAUUAUGACAAAAGGAAUGCUGAUCAGUUAUUGUUACCACCGGUAUGUGAUGAAAAUUUGAAUGAUACAAGCCCUCCUACUCCCAGCGUGAAUUCUGAAACUCCUUUAUGUCAGACACCUUCUUCCGCUAGUUCCUCAAAUCAGCAGAUACCAUCUGUGACACCGCCAACUACAAGUAUACCAUCUCAGUUAUCUGAUGUUCCUUCUUCUGUAACAGCUAAUCAGAUGGCAGCUCAGCUGCAGUUUAACCAACUACUUAUGAGCAUGGGCCUGGGAAUGGGACUUCCGAUGGGUAUGAAUCUAAACAUGCCUUUUGCAGCCGCUGCAGCCAUGAAUCUACAUCCACCUUUGAUUCCUGUGCUGUUACCACCACCAAUGGACCCUCUUAUGGCAUCUGCAUUUAAUCAUCCUAUGAUGCCUGGUGGGGUAGAUUCCAGCUAUUUUGCUGCUCAGCAAAAGAUGAUGCAUCAUCAACAACAACAGUCUGCUGCAGCGGCAGCUGCUCAAGCACAGCAGCAGAAAAGAGCUAGAACAAGGAUAAAUGACGAACAAUUAAAAAUACUUCGAACAUAUUUUGACAUUAAUAAUUCACCCACCGAAGAGCAGUUAAUAGAAAUGUCAGAUAAAUCUGGAUUACCUCUUAAAGUCAUCAAACAUUGGUUCCGAAAUACCUUGUUCAAAGAAAGGCAGCGUAAUAAGGAUUCACCUUAUAAUUUUAACAACCCACCCUCCACGUUCCUGAAUUUAGAAGAAUACGAGAAAACCGGAGAAGCAAAAGUUGUGCCUAUUAACAGAAACGAUUAUUUAUCGAAAGUAGAUGCCGAUUCUACGAAUCAAAGCGAAGAUGGGCGUAGUAUAGCUGAUGAUACAGAUUCAUCCCAAGAGGAUAAAGAUAAGCAGGAAAAUGAAUAUCAGCCUCAUAUCCAGGAAGAAAAAGUACCCGCAUCUAAGCCUGAAAUUCCACCUUCUUCAUUAUCUAUACCCGUAUCCGUACCCAUGUCUCAUUCAUCUAUGGUUGCCGUUGAUUUGAUGAAUACAAGCGUCAAAGAUGAGGCUGCUAGAGAGGUCCAUGUCAUGCACUCUGAGUCCUCUACUCCUUCACCCCAGCCGUCCAUCAACUUCAGUUCUGUUUCUUCCAUCACUGGUCCCAUUGCACCUUCAGCAUCAACCUCUCCGCCUACGUCUGAUUCUCCGAGGGGUUUUAAUAGCCCUUCGUAUUGUGGUUCCAACUCAGCCGGUGGUGGUACUGGCAGUGGUAAACGAGCUAAUCGAACGCGUUUCACCGAUUACCAAAUCAAAGUACUCCAGGAAUUUUUCGAGACCAACGCAUAUCCAAAAGAUGAUGAUUUGGAGUACUUAUCAAAGUUGUUGAGCCUCAGUCCUCGAGUGAUUGUGGUGUGGUUCCAGAACGCUAGACAGAAAGCUCGUAAAGUGUACGAGAACCAGCCACCGAUUAACACCGAUGAUGAUAGUGCUGGAAAAUUUCAGAGAACUCCGGGUCUCAAUUAUCAGUGUAAAAAAUGCUUACAAGUUUUCCAGCGAUACUACGAGCUUAUUAAACAUCAAAAGAGUUCUUGUUUUAAAGACGAGAAUCCCAUAGCCGUUCAAAUGAAAGCUGCAACGGCAAUUAUGGAUGAAAAAUCGCAAGGAAGUAGUGUGUCUGAUACAUCCUCAAUCACUAAUAGGACGGUGGAUAAAUUUGGCCAGAAUGGAACGUAUCGGUGUGAUAAGUGUAGUUUAUCUUUUCCACGUUUUGAUCUAUGGAGAGAACAUCAGAUUGUGCAUAUCAUGAACCCAAAUCUCUUCCCAAAUUAUUCGCCGAAUUCUUCGUUUGGUAUUUUACAAUAUGAGGCUCAGCAACCUCCAACACCUCCACUAAAAAGAAAAUUAUCCGAAGAAGAAGAAAUGAAAGAAUGCGGAGACCAGCCCAAAGACAAGCGACUUAGAACAACAAUACUACCUGAGCAAUUAGAUUACUUAUACCAAAAAUAUCAGAUUGAAAGUAAUCCUAGCAGAAAAAUGCUUGAAAAUAUUGCGAGAGAAGUAGGUCUUAAAAAGAGAGUGGUUCAAGUAUGGUUUCAGAAUACGCGGGCUAGAGAAAGGAAGGGUCAGUUUAGAGCUCAUCAACAAGUUAUACAUAAACGUUGUCCAUUUUGCCGUGCUUUAUUCAAAGCUAGAUCUGCCCUAGAGUCUCAUCUUGCUACUCGACAUGCUGAUCAGUACACGAGGGGAGACAUAAAUAUUGAUUCUUUACCCGAUGGUGAAAUGGAUUCGAAUCCUGAAACUCCAACAGCAUCCAAUGCUUCUGAGGACGUGAAAAAUAGUUUGUAUCCAACAUUUUCUUCGUGCACAACGCCUGCAGUUUCAGUGUCUAAUUUUACCACUCAAAAUCUUGACUCUGUGCAGAGCUCUAUGAAGAAGUAUUAUGAAGAUUCGCUCAAAAAGUACCUUGACGAAUUGAGCACGACUAACAAUGCUGCGAAGGAAGCAAGGAGUAGUCCAGUUGCGGAUUUAAGCAUGAAGCCCCAAAAGCAGUCUACUGAGAAAGCUCCAGGUCAAGCAGGAGAUACGCCUUUAGACCUCAGCAAACCUGUCAAAGUUAGCGUAGACGUUGAGAAAAGCAGUGAUGGAGCUCCUACUAACUUGAGCGACAAAAGCUGCGUGAAUAGGAGCUACGUUAGCUGUGAUGAUGCUAGGUCUGAGACGCACUCCGAAUCUACAGAAAAUAUGGAUUUUGACGAUCAUAUGGACAUGUCUCAUGAAAGUAAUCCAACAUCGCCAUCAAAUGCUGGGCAUCAGGGCUCGGGCGGUGGAAAAAGGUUUCGGACCCAAAUGUCUACGAUUCAGUUAAAAGUAAUGAAGUCAAUAUUUGCAGAUUAUAAGACCCCUUCUAUGGCUGAAUGCGAGACAAUGGGGCGCGAGAUCGGUUUACCAAAGAGAGUUGUCCAAGUCUGGUUUCAGAAUGCAAGGGCUAAAGAGAAAAAAUCGAAAUUGGCCUUUUUGAAAGCUUUUGGCCACGAAAUGGACAUGCCCAAAUUGCCCGAAGAAUGCACCAUUUGUAAAGUAAAGUACAAUAUAAAGUUUUCUAAUACAAGUAUGCAAGAUCACUUAUUCUCUAGGCGUCAUCUAGAUAAUCUAAAAGCACAUAUAACAAAAAUGAAGAAAUUGACCGAAGGUCAGGAUAAUAUGGACAGACUUGACCACUCUCCAGCCACUCCUAGUAGCGUGCUCAAUCAACUUGUCCAGUCACAGCACAACUUGCACCAAGAAGACAGUGAUCUUCUUGGAUCAUCUGCUGCCUCAUCCGGGGCCAACCCAUCUAGUCUGAUGCAGCAGCUACAUAUGAUGGGACUCCAACAAAUGCCGGGUAUGUCCAUGCCACUGGGCUUACCUGGAUUCCCAAACGCGAGCAAUGGUCCAGCAAAUCUUCUCAACAUGGGUGCGGCUGGUUCUUCACCGACUUCCGUUUCUUCUGCUCCCUCUAUUAAUACACCAACCUCUAAAGUCGAUGCUAAAGUAUCACCUAGUUCAAACAAAUGCAAUAAUAACAGUGGAAACGGCGGAGAGAAUACUGAUUCCAAGUCUACUGACCAUCAGCCACAGAGUGCAGCAACAUCCACCACGAAUCAAUCCUUGUUACCGCGGAAGGAGGAUAAGAAAGACAUUUCAGAUGUCAUGAAUGGAGGUAAUAGCAGUGCGACAAGCGUCCAUCCGCCAUCUCAACGAGUGGGAAACAUGACAGAUUUCCCUAUGCCAACUACUGAAGCUGGAGGAUUGAUACCAUACAUGUAUGCUGGGUUUCCAGGCUACUAUGCUGGACUUUCGGGUGCAUUCUUCCACCCAGGCAUGUAUCCAGGUAGGAAUAAACUAUGACAAGAUUCCCCAUCUCCCUAAUCCCUUUUAACUGUGAUGCUGUAUAGCUGUAGUAGUGCAAAUUGGACUUACUUUUGCCUUUAUUUAGAGACCGGAAAAAGAAAAGAACUCUAUUUUUUUUUCACUGAGUUUGCUCGAGGCACAAACUCUUACAUACAUUUCUGGUACUCGUACGAUGCAAUUCCAUACGAUGUACAUGUAAUUUAUCAUUGUGUUAGUAAUUUAUUAGCCAUUUUUUCAUGCAGGGUUGAAUAUAAACAGCAAUUCAUGUGCUUUUUUUCGCAGCAUUUUUUUCCCUUUUAAAUAAGAACUAUAAAGAGGCAGGUUUAUUUAUCACUUUUUGUCAACUUUUCGCAACUCAUCUGCGCACUGCUAGGCUAUUCUAAUUAUUCGUCUGGCAUUCUUCUGCAUUUCUUUUUUGGCAUUCCUAUUUUUUUUUUUCCUUGUCUUCUAUUCGUUUUGUCACUAAAUGCACUUAUUCUUCCGAAGCCCUUCCCCAAAAUUUUGCACGCGGAAUCUUUGCUCUAUUCACUGAGGCCUUCAAUUUUCCCAACAAUUCUAAAUUUGGCAAUUUUUUAUGAAAUUAUGACAUCUAACAUUACUUUUAAUCUCCUUUUAAUAUUUAUCUUCAACUUUUUUUAAAAUUUAAAGUUGAAUUUUGCUUUUAAUACCAAAGAUUACGGCAUGAACUACAGGGGGAAAGACAUAUUAAUCUGGAAGUGGAUUAAAUACUGCCUAUUUCAGUAUAUAUACAUACACACAUAUAUAUAUUGAUGUAACCUACCUCAUUUUAACGUAAUAAAAACUCGUCUAAAACCCAGACAUUCUUGUAUUCUCCUAAAAUCAAACGUAAAACAUAACUACCUCAUGACAAUAAUCCUUUAGUUAGUUUCACUUUAAAACUUUCUAAUAUAUGCCUUUUGGUGCCUUAGGGGGUAAAACGAUGUUAUGAAAUUUAUAAGCAUAUUUUAAAAUUGAGGCGUAUCAAAAUCGUUAUGCAUAAAUUUUAUAUAUAAUUUCUAUUGCUCUAAAUUUAUCAAGUAAAUGUAACAUUAGAAUACCCAGUGCAGUAUUGUACAACAAUCUGUAGUGAAUGAACAGUAUUUACUAUUUCGAUGGCAAUGUUAUGGUAUAUUGAUUAUUUUUUUUUUAUAAUUUUAUGAUUUGGUUAUGUAAAAAUAUUGUUAACUCUAUUAUUGUAUAUUGUUUCAUUGUAGUAUUUUUGAAAAUUUUAUUGAGAAAUGAAAUCAAAUACUGUUUUAAAGCCAUAUAUAAAUAACUUUGUUCUUUUUACUUCAUCAGUUUAAUUACAUAAAAUUACACCCUAAUACUCUUUUUCUAAAUUCCAGACGCAAAAUAACUGUUGUUAACAAUCUUUAUAUUUAGUAAUUCUGAUAAAUAUAUUGCAUUUUUAAUCACCUUGACAAAAUUCGAAUUAAAAUGGCUAUUUGUUAAGCGCACCGCAUUUAUAAAUAUGGGCUUAUCUAUCAAGAUUCGAGUCAAAACAUAUUGAUGUCACUUAAAUUAUUUCUCCUUUCAAUCAAGGGAACAUUUUGGAUGUUUCAUCGAUACGCAAUGUAAAUAAUAUUUCUUUGUAGUUAUUUCCAGCAACUUAAUGUAAAUAAACGUAACUUAAUUUAUUUGAAUAUGGUAUUAUAUUCAAAAAAUAAAGCUAGGAAAUACAAAUGUUAUUUUUAUAAGGCUUUUUACUUUAUCUUUGAGUGCCUUAAAAUGACUGGGACUUUAUAAAAAUGUUUGUAAUGAAAUGAGUUUGCAUGAUGACUCUGUUAAGCAUGCUUUUAGUCCGCCUUGUAGAAGCAUGGUUGUUUUUUAGUCUUUUCUUCUGUUACUGUUCUGUGCUUAAAAAUCGCGCUUUAAAUUUUUCUGAUAAAAUUUAUGAAAAUUUUAUGUGCUGGUGAAUUUUUUUUUUUUUUUUUUUUUUUGUAUCAUUAGCCCUGUUGUUUGUGUAUGGAAAACGUUUUUAUUAUUUUUUGUUUGUACAUAUGACGGAAGAUGCAAAUGCAUUUUAUAUGUUUGCACCAAGUCUUGUAUCAAUAGUUCAUAAAGUGAACUGUGUAAAAUAAAAUCGCCAUCCUUAGAAACAUG